AUGGCCUUCAAGAUCAUUAUCAUCAAAGACUGCCCGAAAAAAUGGAACAAAAAAUUCAAAACCAUUCAAGCUUCAAGAGAAAACUCAUCGUCUCCACCAUACUGGUAUGGAAAUAUUGAAAAUAAAAAUAUUACAAUGCUUGAGGAACCGUACAUGAUGCUGAAGCAGAACAGUCAGUUCGCCACGGGAAAUGAUCGUUUCGAGGGUUAUCUGGCGGACCUCAUGCGGAACUUGGCGACAAAACUCAAUGAAAAUUAUGAGUUGAGGUUGUCGCGCGAUGGUUCCUAUGGUUUGCUGAACGAAGAAGGCACGUGGACAGGUUCUGUGGGGGAAGUUUUAUCAGAAGUGUCAGACAUAGCUUUAGGACCUUUAAUAAUUGACGAAUUAAAACAUCAGUAUGUCGAUUUCAGCGAGCCGUUUCUCACACUCAGAUCUUCUGGUCUCGUACGAAGAAAUAAUUUUUUCAAACCGAAAAAAGAAGAAAGCGAAAGAAAACAACAUAACAAUAACCCUCCCUUCGGACAGCAACCUCAAAAUAAUGAAAAGUUGUUAGGACAAGCAAACAGCGAUUGGAAUAAUUUACCCAUUUCUGGUAAAAAUCUUCUGCUGAACCGUAACUACACAAUAGGCUUUCUAAGGAAUGGACCAGCACAAAAAUGGUUGUCAACCUCUAAAGAUUCAGUUUUGAGGCAGGCUUGGGCUAGAGCAUCCAACACAUGGCCGUGUGGAAUUGUAGAAAGCAUUCAGGAGGGAAUAGAACGAACUAGAAGAGAACAAUUUCUUUUUAUUGUCGACACAGCCACUGCAGAAUACGUUGCAGGGAAGAAACCUUGUGAUCUGGUCGCCACUGAACCAUUUCUGGAACCUGUGAAAUACGCAUUGAUUAUUAGAAAAACAGAUGAAAAAUUAAAAAAGAAUUUAGAUAAAUAUUUAAGAGAAAUGAGAGACAAUUCAGAAUUACAGAAUUUGUACUUGAAGUGGUGGAAAGACGAAUGCAAAAAAUUCAAUAGUGGACCGACAUCCGAGGGCAAAGAUAACAAACAACAGCUUCACAAACGCCAACCAGCCGAACCACUAGCCGAUCAACAACCACUUGAAUCAAUCCUUCCAAAUGUCAAAUUUCAUCAGACGUUUAAAGACAACUCGACGGGAGCUACCACCAACAAGCUGCCCAAAUUGUUAAUACUAAUUUUACUUUGCUGUUUGAAAAUUCUAAUUUAGCGAUACUCGAAAGACCACCAAGUUACGUCACACCAACCACACAACAUCACAUCAUAUCCACCAUAUGAUUUUCCGCCACAUUUAUUCACAUCACGCCAGCGCAUUCCCGCUCAGAUCCUGCUGUAAAUAAAUUCGUACAAUCACAAAUAUUUUGAAGUACACAUUUUUCUGUAAUUUUUGAAAAUAAUAAAUGGUCAAACUCUU